AGAAGCAACUACCCACCACCUACCCCUACCCUCCUGCCUCCCUGCCAAUGUCCCUGCUCCCCAGCUGCUGCUGCUGCUGCCUCUCCAUUAGCAAGAAGCCUCUCAGUCACUCAGGCAGGAGGCAGCAGCAUCAGCAAAGGAAGACACCCAUCGCUUCCCAUGUCCAAGGCAACGCUGAAAGACCCUGGAGAAAAAAACACAGUCGCCAAGGAUAUCAGUCCCACCAGCCCCUCAGACCUUGCCAAGCUGGAGAGCACUGUCCUUCCCAUACUAGAGGCCCAGGCUACACAACCAAAGGACAAUUCAGACAAACUGACCGACUCACUCAAGACCAGACGCAAACUUGUGGUGCUACCCCUCUCACCUGAAUCUCCCAGCACAGAGGAUGACCCAGAACUCUCAGAGAAGAAGGACGCCUCAGCAAAGAAAAAGCUGCUGGUGCCGACAGACAUCAGGGGUGACUCGUUGGAGGACAGCAGUGAGAGCUUAGGGAAAGAUAGUCCCGUGUCAGGGGAUGACGAAGACUUAAUUCGUAAACAGAUCAUGGAGAUGAGUGAGAAUGAGGAUGCUUCGCCGUCCGACGAAGAAAACCUCAUCCGGCAAAAGAUCCGAGAUCAUGAGAGGAAACGAUUGGAGCAGGAGAAAGGGGAGGGGAAGGAGAGAAGCGCAAUGGCAAAAGGCAGGCGGCUCCUCAAGAAGAACACCAUCAGCCCUGAGGAYGAAGAUGAGCGGAAAAUCUCACUGGAUAAACMUGACAAGGCAUGGAAAGAGGGAUCGGAACCCAAAGUCUCAGACUCUCAGGAAGKGGAACAGCCUUCGGCAGAUAGAGUUGUGGCGGUACGCCAAUUCAGAACCAUCGAGCUCAACACGACUACCAACCCUGUGCGCAUACCGGGUACGUCAGAUGAUGGAGAGCUUGAGAUGGAAAGCCUCACCAACUCCCCUGAUGAUCGCUCCAGGGGCGAUGGGUCCUCCAGCCUGCACGCAUCCAGCUUCACCCCUGGUACAUCGCCUACAUCCCUGUCCUCUUUGGAUGAGGACAGUGACAGCAGUAGUCCCAGCCGCAUGCACAGUGGCGAGGGGAAACAGCACAGGAAAGCGAAGCAUAGACAACAAGGCCAAGGUCUACCCACCAUCGAAGACUCUUCUGAGGAAGAGGAGUUACGAGAGGAGGAGGAGCUGCUAAGAGAACAGGAGAAGCAGAAAGGCUCUGGGAAGAAGUCGAAGAAGGACAAAGAGGAGAUCCGAGCUCAGAGGAGGCGGGAGCGUCCCAAAACGCCGCCCAGCAACCUCUCUCCCAUUGAAGAUGCCUCCCCGACAGAAGAGCUGAGGCAAGAGGCAGAGAUGGAGGAGUUCAGGCGAUCAUCCUUAUCCGAUUUCUCUCCCAGCAUCGAGUCAGAACCAGAGGGAGUUGAGAUCAAUGCUGCAAAGAUUGCAGCAGUACAGAAAGUAUACCAACUUCCUACAUCUGUUUCUCUCUACUCUCCAACAGCUGAUCAAGGUGCUAAUAAAAGCCCUGAAAAACGAGCCCUGAAAACUGCAGACGAAGCCUACGAAGAGAUAAUGCUAAAGGCUAAAACACCCACAAAGGAAAAGGUGGACACCCCUCCGGGGAAAGAGUCCCUCUAUGGUGGGAUGCUGAUAGAAGAUUAUGCCUUUGAGUCCCUUGUUGAUGGAAAUGGAAAGAAAGUCCAGCAGCAGGAGCCUGARAAAWUCUCAGUGCCAGCUCAGCCCAAAAUACUGAGAUCUCCAGAUGAGGUUUACGAAGACAUGAUGGAGAAGAAGAAAGAAUUCAUGCAGCUGGAGCAGGAACUGAAAAAAGCACAGUCCGUGUCAGAUAGACCCACACCAGAGAUUGUAUUGCAACCCACUGAGCCAACCAGCUCCAGGAGUGUUACAGUUACUAUAGGCAAGGAUGGGAAACCACUGCUCGAUGCUGAGGCUGCGUAUGAGGAACUCAUGAAGAAAGUUCUGACUCCUGGGACUAGCCCGACACAGCAGGGUCCUGAUAUAUCUGGGGCGGCCCCUGGUGGUGAGUUCGAAGGUACUGAAUCCAGAAGGGCUCUGCGUCCYAUACCAGACCUGAGGGUUACACAGUGCUCCUCAGGGGAGGAGGACGCUGAUGAAGAGGCCACUGAGACCAAAAGUCAAGAUAARCCAAAGACUUCAUCAGACAAUCCUAAAGYUGAUCAGGCACCCUUAACAGCUGCUGCAGAAACUGAGUCCAAAUCAGUUGCUUGCAAGGUCCCCCCAUCAACAACUUCAGACCAACCACAGACCCACAUUGAAUCUUCCCAGACUGACCAGCCUCUGGACAUAACCCAACAGGAUGUCAUGGACUUGUCUAGUAUGAAGUCCUCAGCCCCUGCUGUUGCCAGUGUAUCGCCCUUACCCACCGUCCCUCAGUACACCCCCACUGUCCACAGUGUAGUGUCAACCACCCCACCAGUGCCCCCCAAACCAGCCAUCCUGCACAGGGCUCUGUCUCAGGAAAAAGCAGACAUUCCUGAACCCCCUCCACUGCCCCCUCCCACCAUGCCAAAGCCAUCGGUUUACCCCAGGAAACCCCCUGUACCGCUUCCAUCUCAGGCUAUAAUCAGGUCAGAACAUGUUGCCAUGACAACAGCCCAAGGGUCGCCGGUAAGACAGCCUCAUGUCCCCCCACCGGUUCCUCCAAAGCCAGCCAUCCCUGCUGGAAUGGGGUACAGCCACAGGCCAGGGGAAAAUGUUAAACCACCCCUUGCUCCAAAACCUGUCUCUCAGCCUGGCUCUCCUGCCCACAUCCAAUAUCCAAGACCCACUGCCCUCCACACAGGCCAUGCUGAUAUAGCCCUGAAUCUGAGCCCCUCAGCUGAAAGCAGGCCAGGUCACUUCUCAGGUCAUUCCUCGGGUCWCUCCUCGGGUCACCCAUCCCCCACUUCUCCGCGAUACGGCAAUCGACACGAAACUUAUGUGGUUAUAACUCUGCCAUCCCAGCCCAGCUCUCCAGUGGAAGGGAUCACCACCCAGGCCCCAUCCAGUCCAGGUCCAGCAUCUCCCUCAAGACAUGCCCAACCUCCACCUCAACCUCAAACACAGUAUCAACCACAACCUCAACCCCAGAAACAACCACAGCCACCUCCACCACACACAAAUAGGGUGCCCCUGGCAUUCACUCGCAUCACUGAGUCCAUGGAAAGUCAAGAGAUAUGUGGACCAGAGAAAGUUGUGUCAAGCUCCUGUCAUGUCAUUGAGGCUAUUUCAGCAUCCGCUCCACCCCCAGAGGUCAGGUUAGGGCAGGUCACUCAGUUUGUGACGACAGAAGUUCAAAGAACCAUGGUGUCUGUCCGACACGAAAGGUCGCCGCCCCCACCUCCAGCCCCAAGAGCGAACGGUGUUCCAUUCUGCGAACUUAAACACAACAGACACAGGAGUCACAGGGUACCAGCCAGGGAGUAG